GGCGAUCUAGCGCGCAAUUUUCAAUUCGGGGGCUUAUUUGAAAUAUGCGAAGAUAAGAUUGGGGAUAUACUACAUCAUCUAAUGCUACAGGAACCCAUUCUCCAUCUUAGUUCGGAAAAAGAAAACCUUAAUUCAGCGUUCCUUCCUAGUAUAUCUCACUCCAAAAAAAGAAUUGAUAAGUCUAACACCGAAGAUAUCAGGGGCAUUUGUAGAUUUCCACAGGAAAAAAAAAUGCCGGCUCUUUCUACUACUCCUCGCACUCAGGGUCAUUGCAGGUCCGGAUCAACUAAUACUGAUUCUCUAUUUGUCCGUCCAAAUUCCCAAAUAUCAUCUAAACUGAGAGCAGCUGGCGAGCCCACAUUAAAAAAGUCGUCUAGCUACCAAAAUAUUAAAAUUGCCAAUAAUGGAAAAGGACAGGCAAUGCAUUUGUCAAAUCUCCAGGUUACUCAGCCAGGUAAACGAAAAAAUCUUAACAGUAAACAAAAGCACCAUAGUAGUGCCGCUAACAUUCCCACCGUUUGUUCUAAAAACACUGAGCUAACUUCAUCGGAACCUCACUUUCAAACUCACCUUAACAAUCAUUCUAACGCUCACCGCAUAUCUGUGAACAGCGACCUACUUUCACGUGUGGAAAGGGAGAAAAAGCAAUAUGAAGCUCGGAUAUCGGAAUUAACACAAGUCACAGAAACACGCAAGAUGGAAAUAGAAAAGUUAACAUUCGAAGUUCGUCGUGCUAAAGAAGAGGCGUCAAAAGCUAUUUUAUUGACUGAGGAAACUAAACUUGAAAACAUCCAGCUCCGAAAUCAGUUGCUAGCUCUCGGAAGUCCAUGCAAAAAAGAUGGAGAUCAAGGUUCCUGCGUAGAAUCCCAUCAAAACACAAAAUUGAAUUCCACAACUCCUAGUUCACGUAAGUUAUUUGCCUGCACUUCGUCUCCUCCUGAAUCACUUGGCACAACAACACGUCUUACUCCAGGUGGAGCCACCACCAUAUUUACUGGAGGUGUUACAGCUAGUUCAUUAUCAAGUGAAUGGAAUGAAAUGGCACCAGGGUAUGAUUUAUGUCCUACUGAAGAGCCUACUGUAUAUGAUACUAACUAUUCAAGUGAUUUGGAAAAUAUUAGUAGUAGAAAUCUGAAAGAAAACCCAGUCAUUAGUAUCGCUACUCUCCAAGGACGUUUACUACAAAUGGAAGAGGCAAACUAUACAACCAACGAAGAACUCCAGGCCACAUUGCAAGAACUAUGGGAUCUACAGCGCAGUGUUGAUGAGGCUCAUGAAGAGGCCCACAGUCUUGCCUUUGAGCGCGCGAUUUUAUUGGAAGCUCUCUCAACCCAGACUUCAAAACUUGAACACUGUCGAUUUCAAAUUGAACAGUUGAAACACUUGUUGCUCACAGAUCGUAGUGCCCAAACUCCUGGUUCACGAGAGAAUCACUUUUGUGAGUUAUAUGCUUCCAUCGAACAAGAGAAACAAGUUCUACUAGGUCAAAAUAAUGACUUGGCCCAAAGUUCAGAAAGUCUUGCUCGUGAAUGCCGUAUUUUGACAGAAAAAGCGUCAGCUUUGCAAGACAGUUAUGAUGCUUUAGAAACGAAGCAUUCUUCUUUGGAAAAAGCAUACCAAUCUGUUUCUUCAGAAUUAACUUCGCUUAAAAGUCAAAUUUCUCUAGAUUGUUGUAAAAGUUCACUAACUAAACAGGAUGAUAUAUCAGAUCACUCGAAAAGAGUUAGCAUUGCUGUUCAAACUGAUUGUGUUUUUCUUAUUGAUUCACUUGAAAACCCACUCUCUGUAUCCAUUAAUGAAGAUAGAAAGAAAUUGAAUGAAAUCACUGUUGAGUUGCAUAAAAUCAAAGAAAAUUAUGAAAUUCUACUUUGUGAACGUGAGCGUGAACAAACUGAAUGGCGGUUAUAUGAGCGAGAUUUGUUAAAAGCUGUUCAAGUCGCUGAUGAAAUCAAAACGGAAUCCGAACUGGAAUCUCGCCGCCUAAGCUCAGAGAAUGCAUCCCUCAAAGAACAAGUUGAAAAAUUAACUAAAGAUUCUACUCGUUUGAAUUCUGAAAUUACAAUAUUAAAAGAUAAAAUCAACUUAUCAUCAUCUAGAAAAAUUGGAAAUGAACAUCUAAACUUUACUUCUGGUUUUCAUCUACCGUCAGAUGGAACGGAUAAACCAAAUCCCAACCCUACCUCAGUCUCAUCUACUUCAUCUUCAUCAAACCAACCAAUUCUAUCAAAUAUCAUUCAGAAUAUUUGUCCAAGUAGUUCCGCUUAUCUUACAACAAAUACAACAACUAACUCAUGUCGUUUAGCACCCGGCACACUGACAGACAAUAGCUACACUGGACGUAAUAGUAUAAUGCAUCCUUUUACUGCACAUCGUUCCACUGGAUUCAAUCAUACAAACCAUUUACAUUCUACGUAUCCAGGUUCACCUGGAGCACCAGGUCGACCUAGUGCUCUAUCAACUGGGCCAACUGUACGCAGUUUAAUUCAAAGUAUUGAAAAUCAGGUCAAAGCGGUCCAACAUCAGAAACGCAGUACAACAUCUGCAUCAGUCGGUAAUUCACGUCCAGUCCGUUUAUACACUACUACUCAUAACAAUGACAAUAGUAAUAACGGAAAAAAUAAUCGACAAAAUAUUUCAUCAUGUCUUAGUUUAAUGUCACCAACUGGGUAUCCUGGAAAGUCGACUACACCUAUUAGUAAUAAUAAUGGUAAUGGAAACAAUGAUACUGGUAAUUCCACUUCAACUCAUCAACUGAAUUCAAGGACAACUAUCACUAAUCCUGUCAUUUCAUCAGAAAUUAAUUACAAAGUGAAGAACCAGGAGAACAGAGAUAUGAACAGCCUGAUUCAUACAUCAGCACCUGGUGGACCGAGUUCCACUAUAAUAAGUAAUCAAAAUGUAACGAAGAAGUUCCCAUCAGAUAACAUCACUACUACUAGUAUUAAUAAUAAUCAACGUAAUGUUAAAACACCACUUGGUACAUCAACUAUCAUGAAUUCAACUGGAACAUCAGUGUUUGGUAAUUUAGAUCAAUUUACUAAAAUAGAUUCGAAAGAUGUUUUACUCAGACGAAAUAAUAGUGUUUGUGGAUCAACUAUAAAAACUGGAUUGAACAGUAAUAAUCAUAACAAUAAUAAUUUGAUAACAAGUAAUGUAAUUGAGAGUAGUAAUUCAACGCCAAAUGUUGUACAAGUGUUCAAAGCAGACGAUAUUGUUACUAAUCAUCCUGUCACUACCGAUGAUGGAUCAUACGACAAUAGCAAAACUGAUUUAAUCAUAAAACAUAAAGAAUCCCCAUCAAGAUCAUUAGAUUUAGUGAGUUUUCGACGUUUCACGUCAACAACUAUACCAGAUAGUAGUAGUAAUGAUAAUAAUAAUGGGAAAAAACAUACAAGUACUAGUAAUGGUACAACUAGUGUUAAUUCAAGUGAAAAUAAUCGUAAUUCAUUCAUCCAGGAAUCUGAUAUUUCAACAACCAUUUCUACUGCUACUACUGCUGUUAAUGACAAUUUGUUAUCGAUUAAUGCCACACAAGAUCAUCAUUCGAAUACAACAACUAAUUUUCAUAGUAGUAUUCAUCAAGUUUGGCAGGAUCCAUUACAAGAAUUAGCUAGAUUAACUGGAGCUGGUUCAAAGCGUAAUGCUUUAUUACGUUGGUGUCAGUCACGUGUAUUGGGUUAUCGUGGUGUAGAAGUAACAAAUUUCUCUAGUUCAUGGAAUAAUGGUUUAGCGUUUUGUGCUUUAUUACAUACAUAUGUUCCGUCAAAAAUUCCAUGGAAUGAUUUAAUUACAUCUAAUGGUUUACCUAUUGAUAAACGACGUUGUUUUGAAAUUGCUUUUAAAGUUGCCGAAGAUGAAGGUAUUCCAACUACACUAAAAUUACAAGAUAUGCUUACAACAGAACGACCUGAUUGGAAUUCUGUAAUGACUUACAUCAUUUCAGUAUAUCGACAUUAUGAAGUAGAAGCGUUGAAUCCAUCAACAACUACUGGCAGUAUUGAUUGAUGAUGGAAGUAGCGGUAUUGUCAAUGUAGAUUCUGGAUAAGGGUCUAAUGUUUUUACUUGAAUUUCUUAUCUUUUUUUCGCUCUUUUCUCCAGUUGUGGAUGUACAAUACAAUACAUGCUUGCAUAUACGUACAUACAUACAUACGUAUAUCUUGUGAACUUUUAAUGUGGUAAAACUACGGAUACGUUGUUUGCUAUCUUUAUUCUCUUUUUUUUAAAAACAAAAAUGAAAAAAAAACUACGAAAACAGUCUGUAAUACGCACAGUUUAUGUAUAUAAGUGCAAAUGACCUUGUCUUCCUUUUGUUCGUCUGUUUGAAGUGGUUUUCCAUAUAAUCUUGGACAAUAUACACAUUUAUAUAGCACAACCCAAUCUUCUCCAGUGCAUUCUAUGCAUAUAUAUAUAUGUAGAUAAAUAUUUUGAAAAAAAUAGUUCCCUGUUGGUUUUUAUGUGUUCUUUAUUCUACAUUUUAAUUUGGUUUUAACAAUAAAUAUAUUUUCCUAUUCUAA